CUUCAGGGACAGAUCCUUCACAAGCAACUAAGCAAUCACCGAAUCGGUCCCUCAAACUCGAUCCACAGCUCCACCAGCAUCCCAUUGGAUCCGAUCACCCGGCAUACCCACCAGUGGAAAAGAAAAAGGGAAAGAAGAAAGAGGAGAGAAAGUAG